AUGCAAGUUAAUGGGUUCAGCAAUAUGAACCAGAUUGGUGCGCUAGCACAGCAGAACCACAUGGAUAAUUUAGUUGGUGUCAAUAUUCGUGGAUGGACGAACGCUACUCAGCAGGACUUGCUCAACUUUAUUUCGAGAAAGACCCGUAUAUCGGUGCGGAAUUCGGUUGUGCAAGGCGACACGAUUGUCGGGUAUGUGACCCCACAGGAAGCAGACCAAUUGGUGAAGUUUAGCGGGUACCGUUUUGCAGGAAACACGCUCAAAAUCCAAAAGGCUGGUGGUGCUGGUGGUAAUGUCAGCACUAACGAUACGAUUACUGUCCUUCGUAAUGUUUUAAUGAGGAGGUACAAUGCUCAAACUAAGAUGUUGGACUUGGGGAACUUAUUCAAUGACCCGGAGUUGGUCCAGCGUGGAAUGGCACCUAAAAAUGUGAAUACCCAGUCGAAAAUGUUCCCGGCCAUGAUGAAAGUGGCAUCUAAAGAACCAAACAUGGUGGUUGAGUCGAUAAAUCUUUCGGAUAACAACUUGAGGGACGUCAAUGGUGUUACGACCUUGGCCCAAACUUUUCCACGCUUGAAAAAUCUGUGUCUUGCAAAUAAUAAUAUCAGCCGUUUUCAUUCACUGGAGGCUUGGAAGAACAAAUUCAAAGACUUACGAGAGUUACUCAUGAUGAACAACCCGAUCACAUCAGAUCGCUUGUACCGUACAGAGAUGCUAAGAAUCUUCCCCAAAUUGGUCAUACUAGAUAAUGUUGUUGUUCGUGAUGAGCAAAAGCUUCUUUCCAUCUAUAGUUUGCCCACGCAACAGACCCAGUUCUUUUUUGAGGACAGUGGUUUGGCUUCUUCUUCAACAGAUUUUGUCACUAAUUUCUUGAAUUUAUGGGACACUAAUAGAAUGCAGCUAAUGGGUCUUUACACGCCACAAUCCCAGUUCUCAAUAAGUGUGGACUCUUCUGUUCCAGCUGCUACUGUUCCUAAUGCCCAAACCACUCCAACCUUCGGUUAUUACUUGCCAUUUUCAAGAAAUAUCUCUAAAAUUUCAAGUGAUAAGACAAUUCAGGAAAGAAUAUUCAUGGGACCAGAGGCUAUCUACGAGACUUUUAGGUCCCUCCCAGUUAGUAAACAUUUCUUGCAGGAACAACCUCAAGCUUACUCUGUGCAAGCUUGGACUUUCCCACAAGUUAAUGGCUUUGUAAUUACCCUUCACGGUCAUUUCGACGAAACUGCUAAACCAGAGAUGGAUAAAAACAAAACCCAACAAAAUUCAUCGUCUUCAAGAGGUAGAAGAUACAACCACGGAUUCAUGUCUAGUGCCAAUACCAAACUUUCGCAAAAGUCCUUUGAUAGAACGAUGGUUUUGGUUCCAAACCCCAACGGUAGCGUUAUUAUUGCGUCCGAUGCUCUAACUAUUAGACCAUAUUGUGAUGGAGCUUGGUCAAAUCCCGUUUCACCUCCAGCUACUGUACAACCACCGAUGGUGCAGCCGCAACAGCAACAGCAACCACAACAGCAACAGCAACCAAUUAAUAUACCUUUAACACAAACACCGCCAAAUACAGGAGCUCUGGGCACGACAACUUUACAAUUGCCACCGGAAGUGCAAGCGAAACUGUCGCCUAUACAGCUAGAGCUUCUUCAGAAAUUGCAUGUCGAAACGAAGCUUAACGCAGAAUAUACUUACAUGUUAGCUGAACAAAGUAUGUGGAACUACGAUAGUGCCAUGCAAGGCUUCAGAAACAGUGUCAACAACUUGCCUAGAGAAGCUUUCGUCUAA